AUGCCGUCGUCCAGGUCGACUCGAUCUCGACAUGAAGACGAGAGAACGGGCAGGAUCAUCACGUGCAGUAUGCGGCGCAGACGCAUCAAGGCUGGGGCCGAGAACAAGUGCAAGGUUAUUAUCAUGGAUAUGAGGCGUCGUAUAAAGUUCCUGAAGCCCAAGUUUAUCCACCAAGACAAGAGGAAAGUGCAGGAGAUGGAAGAGCAAAAGGUUAAAGAUGACGAAGCUGUCAUGAGUAUGAAGACGGAAGUUAAUGAUCUCAAACGACAAGUUUCAAGUCGUGACAAAGCGUUGGAAGCUACAAAGGGCAGAGUCCAUGAGUUAACUGGAGAAUUGAGUGAGCUUAAGCAGCAGAUGGAGGAGAGCACGAAAGAUCGCGAGGAAAUUAUUAUGGCGAACCAGACACUUCAGAACGAGCUAUCGUUGGCCCGAUCGGGGAUGGAAGGAAGCACUAAAACGCAUGAGGAGCUACUGGAAGCACAGCAGACACUCACGAAAGAGCUAGCUGUUGCUAGAGCAAAACUGAAAGAGGAGCAGCUCGGCGAAACGGAGGGUGUUGAGAGUCUACAAAGUCAGCUUUCUAGCGAACAGAGUGCAAGGGCCCAAAUGGAGCAGCAACUAGAGCAAGCUACAAAGCAACAAGCAGGACUGACUAAGAAGUUUGAGGCUGCUCAAGCUACUAUUCAACGAUUACAAGAAAAUCUAUCGAUGAAGGAGAAUAACGAAGCUGUAGCUGCAGCUGCCAGUGCUACUGCGACAGCCACUGCAACAAUUAAAGCCAUUAGCAAACAACUCGCCGAGAAGGACAAAGCGCUGGAGGAUGAACGAGCGAGAGUUGUGUCGUUGGAGGAAGAUAUCGUGCAGCUUAGAGCAAGUCAAACUUCCGCACAAGAGACACUGGAACAGGAUCUUCAGACGCAGCUUGGAACUUUAGCUGCUCAAGCAGAAGCACGUCGGAAGGAGCUUGAGACUACAAAGUCCAGUUUGACAUCCACAACGGCGGAGAAAGUGGAGUUGAAGAAGCACUUUGAGGAGUACAAGAUCACAAGUGCAGCUCAAAUCAGCGAGUUGGAGGAUCAGCAGCGUGCGUUGAAGCGCGAAUUCCGAGCUAUAGAGCGAGAGCUGAAGACACAACAAGGUCUGGCGAAGGGCCGUGGUGACGAAUCAAUGGCGCUCAAGCAAGAGUUGGAAAGCGCCGAGAUAAAACUGGCAUCAGUAGCGCAGACCAUCCAGAAAGAGCGCAUGGAAGCCUACAACGAGGCUCAACAAGCUAGCGCCGAGAUCGUACGCCAGGCAAACGAGGAGAAGGCACGGGUUGCCGAGCUGUACACACAAGAGAUGUUGGCUCGACGGAAGUUGCAUAACCGCCUUAUGGAGUUGCAAGGCAACAUUCGCGUCUUCUGUCGAGUGCGUCCCAUCCAACCGGUGGAGAUGAAGAGCGAACAAUCCUCUUUAGCCGUCUUCUUUCGCGAUAACGACCAUGAGAGUCUCGAUCUCUUCGUUGGUAGUGAAGCUGGGGACAAGGCCAGCCAGGUGGGCCAAAAGCACGCCUUCGAGUUCGAUCACGUGUUUCAGCCAGACAGCACGCAAGAGCAAGUGUUCGAGCAGACUCGUGCUUUGGUUGUGAGUGCACUGGAUGGCUUUAACGUCUGCAUUUUCGCGUAUGGGCAAACUGGAUCAGGUAAAACCCACACCAUGGAAGGACCGGAGAGUGAUCGAGGUGUCAAUUUCCGAGCACUCCGUGAGUUAUUCUCCAUCCGAGACGACCGUAUGGCUGCCGGGAACUUCGAGUGCUCCAUGAAGUUAAGUAUUUUGGAGGUAUAUAACGAGUCCAUUGUGGAUCUUCUCGAAGGAGGUGGACGCACACCCGGUGUUGUGUCUCUUGCAAAAGGCUUGGAUGUACGCGUGGGUAAGACCGGUGUGUAUGUUGAAAACCUGAUCGAAGUGGAGGUGUUUAACGAGGGCGACGUGCUCGAUCUCAUGCGCUUGGGUCACUCCCAUCGCAGUGUUGGCUCGCACGACUUCAAUGAGCAUUCGAGUCGUUCUCAUCUCGUGUUGUCCAUUGUCAUUGAGACUGGAAUGAAGUCCGAUACUCGACGGCGAAUUUCCAAGUUGCAUUUAAUCGACUUGGCUGGAUCCGAGCGUGUCAGUAAGACGGCAGCAAGUGGCCAACGCCUGAAAGAAGCGCAGAAUAUCAAUCGUUCAUUGUCUGCUUUGGGAGACGUGAUCGCAGCAUUAGUGUUGCUCUGGGUCAAGUAA